AAUCAGCAGUUAGAGUUUAUCUUUAAGCACUUCCAUACCACAAUAGAGCCGACUAUCCUGACACAUAACCCAAGCCAUAGCCCAAAAAAUAAACAAAAACACAAAUUCCCCACAUAUUCUGGCCCUCAGAUGUUAUAGCUUUCGUAAAGCUUUGGGGGGCAAAAUUAUCAAUCAACAGCGAUAGGUGCAGCCGGAACUAUGGCAUCCACCAAACAGCCCACUCCCCGACAACUGGCGUAUCUUGACGAGCUAAAGACCCGGCUCCGGGAGCUACGCAUGCGGCAGGUCACCUUUAUGGAGCAGACCGCCCAAAUACUUAGCCAGAUGAGCUCCGCCACUAUGGAGGAGGCACAGGCCGCGGCGGCAGCAGCGGCCUCAGUGGCUGCCAAGUCCUCGAGCCUCAGUUUCAAGUCGAGUGACACCACAUCGUCGGUGGCUGGGGCAGGAUCUGGAGGCAGGUUGAACAUCAAACAGCUAAUACAGCGCUUCGAGGAUCUUCGCAAGAACUCCCAGGAACUCGACCUGCCCGAGGUCCCCGAAGAGCUGAUCAAAGUGGAUGUGCGCCGCAUCCUGAAGGGCUACGAAAAACUCAUCGAAAACGGCAACGUGCUCCAGCAGUCCUGGAUCCUGCUGAAAAAGACCACAGAGAGCUGUGCCCGUAUAGCCGAUGCCAAAGCAAAAGCUAAAACAAUAGCUCCUACCGAGGAUGCUCCUCCUGUAAAGAUGGCCACCGUCACGGGGUCCAUCGAUGUAGUCACGGUUUCCACGGUGCCACCACCGGAACCCAGUCCACAGAUAGUAAGAAUCAAUAGCAGCAAGUCCCUGGGAUCUAGUACAGAGAUUGUGAUCAAGGAGCUGGAGGUGUUUGGACCGGAGGAGAUCUCUCCAGAACCGGAUAUCAAGUACCAGUACAAAGCCCAGGACUAUGCCAUUUCCCGUUCCAGGACGAGCCCGUUGGGGAGCCCUGAUGCAGUUGAUCCUGCGCUUACCCAACCUCUUUCGGCACUGCAAAAAGAUCAAGAAGGUUAUACCCAGGGCCUGCUCGGAGGGCUGCCACCUGCCCCAGAAAAUGCCCACACACUAGGCCGCUGCCAAUAGCCACCGUCACACAUAUCAUACCACGCACUCACUAAAUCCAACAAGAAGCCACACCAAUCCCCAGAAAUCCCCCUUAAAAUAAUCCAAUAAAGGCCCCCACACCCACGAAAAAAACGAAA